GCCCGCCGCUUGAUGUACAGUCGUCCCGCAUCCUUAGAGCAUUGCGAUAAACCCGCCGAUAAUCAUGGCAGCGCUUCAUGAGGAACACGCUUGGUGAAAUAUUACCUGAAAUUAGCCCCUCGUCGUGAGGAGUGGUUCAAAAGGAAGGAACGCUUAAUAGCUGCUGCUGUGUGCAGAUUGGGCAGCUAUGCCACUGGUGAAACGAAGCAUCGAGCCCAGGCACCUGUGUCGGGGGGCACUGCCUGAAGGGGUGACCAGCGAGUUGGAGUGUGUAACCAACAGCACACUGGCAGCUAUUAUCAAACAGCUGGGUGGACUAAGUAGGCAUGCAGAGGACAUCUUUGGGGAGCUGUUCAACGAGGCUAACAGCUUCUAUAUACGAAUGAACGGCUUACAGGAGAAAGUUGACCUGCUGGCAGUCAAGGUUACACAGCUUGACUCCACUGUUGAGGAGGUGUCCCUGCAGGACAUCAACAUGAGAAAAGCGUUUAAGAGCUCCACCAUCCAGGACCAACAAGUUGUCUCCAGAAACUCCAUCCUAAACUCAGUGAUGGAGAUGUACCAACGGUGCGACAAGCCACCUCCUCUCAAUAUCCUCACUCCUUACAGAGACGACAAAAAAGAUGGCCUCAAGUUUUACACUGAUCCAUCGUACUUCUUCAACCUCUGGAAGGAGAAAAUGCUGCAGGCCACAGAGAACAAGAGGAAGGAAAAGAGAAGACAGAAGCAAGAGCAGAAGCACCUGGAAGACCCCACUCGAGAGGUAAAGAAGGUGCGUAAGGCUCGAAACCGUCGGCAGGAGUGGAACAUGAUGGCUUAUGACAAGGAGUUCCGACCAGACACUCGCCUUACGCCGUCUCCUUACCAUGGCAUAUCAUCCGAAGGCUCUUUAUCUCCAGACAGGUCUGUCAUGUCGGAUGAACGCUCGUACCCAACCAGCCCCAACCACCCGCAGGAUGUAGGUGGAGCAGGAAGUGAUGGGAAGGAGACAGGCCCCACCCAGACCCAGUCACUGGACCGUGCGUAUCGUCCGCCUGUCUCGACCUCUGCCUCCAAUCGCCAGCACUCCCUGGGCCGCGUACAGCAGCAUCACGGAGCUCCACCCUCUGAUUCCUCGCUUAACGGCCCACGACCAACUGCUGCCAAAGAUUACAGCAGCCAUCAGAUGCAGGAACAUUUUAUCCCGCCUGCUCCCCCUCCUCCUCCUCCACUAAUCCCCUCAGCGCAGACCGCCUUCGACAGCACUUCUGGUCCUCCAGCUUUGGCACCGGGUACAGUGUCGGCACUGUCCCGACCCUACAGUCCGUCCCCUCCACCAGCACAACCCUCUGCCUACGUCCCCUCGCCAUCACACCCUGUGAGUGGCCCUCCAAUUGCCCCGCCCCCUCCUCCUCCAGGACCACCAACCCAUGCCCCCUCCCCUGCCAGAGCUGCUGCCCACCCACCUGGAGAGGGCACAUUGCCCAGAAAGGGCACAGUACCCCUCAUACCCAUAAGCGAUGCCCGCAGCGACCUCCUGGCUGCCAUCCGCAGAGGCAUCCAGCUGCGUAAGGUCCAGGAGCAGAGAGAACAGGAGGCUAAGAAGGAGCCGGUGGGUAAUGACGUAGCCACCAUCUUGUCCCGCCGCAUCGCUGUGGAGUACAGCGAAUCAGACGAAGACUCGGAGCCUGAGGAGAACGAGUGGUCUGACUGAGAAGCGGACAAAGCGCAUACUACACACACUGCUGCUAUUUCCUCACACCAGAACACACUCUGCUCGUACAGACGGACGAGUUCAUUAACUACAGCACACGAGUAAAUACAGAGUCGGAAAAAAAACCUUCAGUGCUGAAGAAGAUGGAGAAGGGAGCGUGCAAUAAAAAGACAAGAGUAAAGAGCAAGUGUAGAGUAGAGGAGGAAAGAUUUGGAGUGUUGAUGGAAUUUGGGCUAAGGACAAGUAGUCGGAGAAGUGAAAAUAAUGUGGAUCUCGUGAGUAAGCACAUACAUCUACAACCUAGUAUACAGUGUGAAAUACAUUAUAUGUAUUUGUAUCUUCAAAGUUGCCAAGAAAUUCUUUAUGGGAAUAAUAUUUGUUGUGUGGAUUUGAUUAGGUUUUUGAUAUUUGUCCAGAAUUACAAAUAUGUGAAAUUACAUAUUCAAUCACUCUCACCAAAAAGCAUUUUUUAGCCGUGAUAUGCAUUUGUUUUAUUUUUACAUAAUGCAGCAUGCUGCAGUACCGCUUCCAGUAUUGAUUCAUCGAGUAGGUCUCGUGUGCUUCAGUAUAGUAUGGACAAUCAAAACUAAACGCAGAGUGUACUACACAGCAAUGCUCACAUACUGGUUGCUCCUGUACUGUGUUCAGAUCAUGUGGUAGCUGCUGUAUGCAUAGGGUUGGGUAGAAUACUUAAAAAAUAUAUAUAAAAACACUGUCUUACAUGUAUUUAAUAAGACUUUUUAGUAACAUAAAACGAGUAAUUAAAGAGGAGCCCUGUGUCCCACUAAAUAUUAAAUAAUGUUGCUAAAUGAUGUUUUGUGACUGGUGCCAAAUGUUACUGACAUGGAGCCUGUCCUGUUUAACGGGAGCAUAAAAUGUGCCAUCUAAUCAAACCAUUUCAUCGGAUUAAAAAUUACCACACUGUUGUAAAUGAAAUGAUUGUAAAAUGAUUAGAUUAGUAUAACAAUUAUUCAGGAAGUAACUGACAUCUCAAACUCAUCGGUUUAAAUCUCUGCUCUGCUAAUGGCAGGCUGGGCACCUACACGAACAAUGUGGGGAUCCCUCAUAACUGAUGCAAUUAUGACCUCUGCUGGCUGAUUGAUGGCUCCUGCACAGAGAUGGGGGAUAAUGGGAAUCAGGGUGUCUCUCUGUGCGCAAAGCUGAUCCACAU